ACCCUAAAUACCACACUUACUUCCACCAUGCAUAUAAAGCAUCUCUUGCCAAGGAUGAAGAGAAAAGAGGUCCGAAUAUGUCUUUUAUUGGCCUUCAUCUUCAUUACUAGUGGAUGCUAUUAUUUCACAGCUAUGAGGAUUCGAAGUGCAGAAUCAGCUGUUGAUUUCAUGUUCAAACCUGCAAAAGCAAGAGAAAGCCCAGCCACAGGAUUCAAGACAGCUACUUGGAACAAAUCAGGAAUGCAGAGUAAUCGUAAGGUUCCUUCAGCACCUAAUCCAAUUGGUAAUCGGCACCCACCAUCCCGGCAUAAUUGAUCCGAAGAGGUGUUUAUCAUGAUCAGCAAGCAAAAAAAAUAUGGCGAAGAUGCAUUUUCGUAAGUAGAUGAUCAGUGGGUUAGAUAUUAUGUAAAACUUCUGUACGUUCACCGUGUCAUGCUAAUUGAAGGCCGGCCGGUCGAUGUUUGCUAUUCGGAACGUCAUUCAUAUAAACAGCUAGGCCUUAAUAUUAUGGCUACCGUACGUAAUACUAACAGCCUGAGAUGUUUUUGCAUA